AUGUCAGACGAUGCAACAAUUGAAGAUGAACCCGAAAUAGAACAGGCAACACGUUCAUCUCGGCCAGAAACAGACACAGGUCUUCUCAAAUGGUCGUAUAUUUUUGAAAUGGCGGCCAAGAAUUGGCUAAUGUUUUUGGCAUUCUCACUUGCAGUCGCUAUUUUUCUUUACCUGAGCAGAAAACGACAACGUAAAAGUGUAUCUGCAGCAUUACGUGGUGAUUAUGUUCCGGGCGGCAGUAAAAGUGGAUCACGAUCAACAUCGAAUAAACGAGAUUGA